CUUCUGCGCAUGCGUCUCGGAAGCACCGGGUGUAAUGGCGCUAGAGCACGAAUGGCCGGGUCAGAAGAAGCCCUGUGCCGUGAUAAGUAGCGUCUGGUAGAAUAACCGUUGGCGGUCCAAGUCGGUGACGCCGUUCAAUAAUAACCUGAGACUAAAAGCGUCAAAAAAGGGGAGAAAUCACCUGCUGAGCGGCGCAGGUGCUUCCUUAAGCGGUGGCUCCUCUAGCUAGCUGUCCCCCGCGGGUUGACAUGUCUUUGUCCUCAACAACAGAGAAGUAGCAACCGUCCGGUGAGUUACCUCCACGCUGAGCCGUCCCUGUCCACUCUACGUUUCACACCAACUCGUGGCUCCACAUUUAUGGCUGUCGUCGUUUAAAAAGUGAAACAAAAGCGGCCUAACCAGCUAAUACCCUCUAACCAGACGAGUCCAAAGAGAGCUGCUGAGGAAAAUGUCAGAGGUCAAGAUAGCCAAGCUGAAGGAGAAGUGCGAGAACUGCACCAAGCAGUGCAACAAGAAACAGAGUGAGGAUGGAGCUCACCCCAUCCAGGAGAGCGAUAAAGUCAACGGGCAGGUGACUGAAGGGUCCCAGCUGCUGCUGAGCGCCUGUCUAUCCUGUGAUGGCUGUCUGUCUGAGGAGGACACCCUGAGGAUCUCUCAGCAGAAUCUGGACGAGGUGGAGCGGGUUCUGGCCCUAAAUAAGAAGUGUGACACAUCAAAACACAAGGUGCUUGUGGCGUCCGUGUGUCCACAGUCGCUGCCUUUCUUUGCUGUCAAGUUUGGUCUGGACCUUGCUGAAGCUGCACACAAGCUCUGCAGCUUCCUGAAGCACCUGGGAGUUCAGUUUGUGUUUGACACCACGCUGGCAGCGGGCUUCAGCAUCUUAGAGACUCAGAAAGAGUUCAUUCAGAGGUAUCGCAGGAGGCACCAUGACUCCCACGCCGUGCCCAUGUUCACCUCCUCGUGUCCAGGCUGGAUCCGAUAUGCAGAACGCAUCCUGGGUAGUUUGGUCACGCCUCAGAUCUGCACCGCCAGGUCCCCCCAGCAGAUCAUGGGCUGUCUGGUCAAAGACUUCUUCUGUAAGCAGCAGAAGCUGAGUCCAGACGGAGUUUAUCACCUGGUGGUGGCGCCCUGCUUCGAUAAGAAACUGGAGGCUGUCAGAGAGGAGUUUUACAACACGCUGAUGGAGACCAGAGACGUGGACUGUGUCCUCACCUCCAGGGAGAUCUACCACCUGAUGGAGCAGAGGAAGGUGUCUGUGGAGGAGCUGGACUCGGUUCCACUGGACCAAGUGCUGGGAGACGGUGGAGACGUGGCGCUGGUGCGGCACGACGGUCGCGGCUCCGAGGGCCUCCUGGAACACGUCUUCAAACACGCUGCCAAAGAGCUCUUUGGUCUGGAGGUGCAGGAAGUCACGUACAAAACCCUCAGGAAUCGGGACUUCCAGGAAGUGACCCUGGAGCGAGACGGGGAAACGCUGCUGCAGUUUGCCGCCAUUUAUGGUUUCCGGAACAUUCAGACGUUAGUGCACCGCAUGAGAAAGGGACGCGUCCCGUACCAGCUGGUGGAGGUGCUGUCCUGUCCCGGAGGCUGUCUGAGUGGCCGAGGUCAGGCGGAGAGCGAGGUAGAAGGUCGGGUGGACAAGGCUCUGGUCCAGCAGAUGGAGGAGGUCUACAGCAGCCUGCCGGUUCGACUGCCAGAGCUAAACCCUGUCCUGAAAACUCUGUAUGAGGACUGGCUGCAGGGCCAGGACUCGCCUCAGGCCGGAAAGCUGCUGCACACGGAGUACCGGAGCCCGGGUCAGGCCCACACGCAGCCCCCCCACAUGCAGUGGUGAGACACGCCAACAGCCAAGUGCUUCUGGACCAACUGUGGACCGUGCAGCUCCAGACUCGUGAGCUACUGCUCAGUCGGCCACACGGGGGCGCUGUUUUGUUUUCAGCAACAGGAGACUUCCGUGUGUUGAACCCAAACCUGAAGAGACAAAAGGGUCCAGAGUCCACCAGAACACACAUUUCUGCUUCUGCUGACUGGAGCUGGACUGUUCCUCAUUUGAGAUAAAGGAUCACAAAUAAAGUUUCACCAUGUCCCAGCGGUUCUGGGAACAUCUGUAGCAGGUUUACAGAGCAGUAACCCUGGACCGGAGUGAGGAGGUUAAACGGGCCUGAACCCGUCCAACAGACGACUUCCUGUCUAACUCAGUGCUCACUAUGCAACAGCACCCCUCCCCCUACAGGAUGUUACUGCCAUGUACUCGCCUCUCUUCUAGCCCCAUGAACCGGUUUUUAUUAAGUUAUGUUGUUAAUUUUACAGAAUCAGGAUAAGCUGUGGUGUAAACCUACUAAAACGUCCUGUCAGCCACCUGCUUGGUGUCUUCAGCGUUGAUCAUUAACAGACCUUGCAUGGCUCAGCGAUAAGGCGCUCCACCAGAGGGUCGACAAGCAGCUUUAAUUUACAGAGUAAAGGGGACCGGUCAGGUUCAAGGGCCAUGUUUGUAGAAGAAGAAGAAGAAAAGGUCUUUUCUGUAGCGCCUCUCAAGAUAAAAAUCACAGCUUCUCUUGAUUUAACCCGUGUUUAGCUUUGAUGGUGACCACAGCAGGAGGGUGUUAGAAAACCAGUAGAACCAGCUCCUGUCUGGCUUUCAGGACACAGAGUUUUUGAAUAAUCACACGUUACUUCUGGGUUCAUGCAAACAUCUGGAGCGGCGUGCACAUGCCGAAUGUUUUAGCUGCAUUCGUCUUUUCAGGACAAAUCUGCAGAAUCGUGUUUACAACACAGAUGUCCUCCUCUCGCCCACACAAAACUAAAACACAUGUUAAUCUAGGUAUAACGUUGAGAUUAUUUAAAACAGUCAUGGUGUCUCCAGCUGCUGCCCUUUGCUGCUUUGUGCCCCGUAACCACCACAGCUACUGGCUCCACAGGUGCAGAAACGCACCACGUCAGAGGGAACGCGGGGGUUGGGGAGACUGGAGCCAAGCCGAGACUCCCCUCGUCUGCAUUAACUGUAUGGUGCAGAUGGAGCUGAUGGAGCUUUUCUGGUGGUCAAACAACAAAAAGGGUUGCGGUUCGGUCUGCGUGCUCUUAAAUGUCUCCGCCAGGUUUUAGACCGCCUGGAGGUGCAGCCGGCAGCGCUGACAUGAACAGAAAGCGUAGGAGCGGAUGUAAACAGCCCAGAGGCCCCAGAGUCCAGCUGGAGGAGCCAACUGCAUCACCGUCCGAGAACAGAACCUGUUUCUUUCAGCGCUCAGGAAAGCCGUGAAAAUGCUGAUUUAAAGGAUAAUUACGGACUUUCCUCAGCUCCUGCUCAGGGUUGGGUGUACGGCUCGACGGAGACCAACUCUGUUUGUUUUUGUCACGUUUUAAACUCCUUUACAAGAUGAGCUGAUGGAAGUGCUAGCAGGUACCUGGAAAUCAAAGUGAAGGUAUGAAGUUCGCCGUGUAGCUGAUGCCCAGUGCCAUGGCAACAGGGAAGUGAUUCAGAUUUUACUCCUGAUGGGAUAUUUUCCUCAUUCAUACCUCGACGCUCACCUGAGUAAACCAGUCUUGUCAUCCUGUUGACAGUAAUCAGAACUUUAUUCACAUCUCAGAGAUUGCUAGUGGUGAUAAUUUAUCCAUGUGUCUCCCGCCUGAGCACCCCUGGGCACCAGCUCCCCGUGACCCUGCAAGAGACUUGAUGGUUUAAAAAAAGGAAUAAACAACACGGUCAUGUCAAUAUUUUCAUCAGAGUUGACUAUUUCAUUGCAAUAAACUCAAAACAGGCCAUCGGUAACGU